AUGAUUGACAAAAUCCCACUCGAAAUCCUCGACAACAUUUCUGAUUACCUUGAAACCAGAGACAAAAUAGAAUGUUCUACAGUCUGCAAACACUGGAAAGAUAUCUUUCAAAAAUCUCUUUGGAAAGUUAUACAUAUUUAUGAACCCCAUUGGAUGCAAAAAUUUAAAGAGUGUAUAAAAGAAGACAUUUUGAAAGAGUAUUCCAACAGCAUCAACUCGAUGGAACUAAAAGAUAUUAAGGAUACACACACUACAUUUCAAGAAUUAAUCGAGUUUUUCCCCCAAGUGAGAAACCUUUCUUAUUUAGCGUCAGAGGGCUACUUCUAUUCUUUAUUCAUGGUUGAUUUGAGAGGAUGGAAGUUAUUGACGCACAUGACUAUACAAUUGGGUAACGAAACCAUUCUGAUUAUUCCAGAAAACCUGUUUUGGGGACUGAAAGGGUUACCAUCCCUUGUCCAUCUUGCGAUAGAGCCAACCGAUCAAUUGAAUUUGCAUACAGCAAUUACAUGGAGAGACAUCGAAAAACUUCACCUCCACUUGCCACGAUUAAAAUAUCUAAAGAUCUGGAUGACUCUUCGUGGGAUAGAGUCUACCGACAUUGAUGAUCUGAAAAAAACAACACCAGUAAACAAUAUCGAGACUGUAGACUAUGGUUCUUUGAGAUUCAGUAUUUCGUGGAUGCAUUAUUUCGCAUUAAAAUAUCCUAAGCUGAAGACACUUAGGCUAACUGUGGAUAAAGAUGAUAGCGCAUAUUUAAAGUUCCAUCCUAAUACUGAAAAAAUUAAAGCACCUUCAGACCUACCUUGUUUCUUUCCUUGCUUAAAAAACAUAUACACGCUUAAUAAUCGUGAAAGAGGAUUGGAAUUUUCUGUACUCUAUAACCAGAUCUUUAAAAGUAAUGCUAAGCUCGAGAAUAUGGAGACAUCGCUCUUUACAAACUCUGACGACACCAACUUCCCAAUCAAUGAAUCUGCCUGUGCGAUGUUAUUCACUGCAACACUCAAGAGACUACGAAUAUUCAAAGGCCGUGUAUUCAGCGAGGAUACAGCUUUGUUAUUACACGGUCGUGGUGUUGAGUUUUCCAAGCUUGUUCGCUUGACUAUAUACUCCAAGUCAGAAUCCUUUGAAAUCAACAAUAUUUUGGAUACAUGCCCGUCAUUAAAAGUACUCGAAAUAAACUCUAACUUUGUUUGUGUCGAAGAUAAAAAGCAUUUAUCCGUAUCAAAACAUGGCUUACGACACCUAAAGCUUAUUGAAGCAAGCAUCGAGCUAGAAUGUUUGGAGAGUAUAUCCAACCGAUGCAGAGAUUUGAAAUAUCUUUCAUUGAAAUACGUUGUUAUCAGAAAUACGGGACCUGAAACGCCAAAUUUCUUACCUGUUAACAUGCAAUUCACUCAACUUUCGACGUUAUUAUUAUUCAAUACAAACAUGUUUAAGUAUCCUAAUUUUAUCUUCAGCACUGGUUACAGCCGCAAAGACAGCUCUUUGACCAGCAAAGAAACACGCUUUACCGAAAUUUAUCUUUAUUAUUCAGCUACAGAAGAGUCGGAUUCUGAUUCAUUCUAUAAAAAACUGACAAGCGAACGAAAUGUCGAAGAGAGUCUGCAAGAAGGAAGCGAUAAUGGCGUCAUUGCAAGGUCAAACUAUAAUGAGGACUUGGAAGACAGCGAUUCUAUUUAUUCACAGAAAGAUAUGACUCGUAGAGAUGGAGUGAACCUUGAACAACAUAUUGAAUAUGGCUGCGUGCUAUUUCAAUGCAAGUCGAUCGAAAAAGUUAUUAUUAAUGACAGUUGUUUUUACAGCAGCUCGACCCCAAUAUUUAAUUGCGAGGCCAAUAAUUCAACAUCCUAA